CGAUAGCCCCCAUCCCACAUAAAUUUAAAGGCUAAGCUCAAACCCAAAACCCAACUCUGGCCCACCCUGUUUGUCAGCCAAUCUGAUUGAAACCUUCACCUGCUAGAAUAAGAAUGUUGCAAUAUUGCACAAUUUUUGAAGCAAGCAGCAAGCGAACUCGAGACACACAACGGACUUAGCUUACUCGAACUCUUCCAGGCAUUAUACCCUUGGUCCAUGCUUCAGCAACUAAGUAUGGCAUUGACUUUUAUGCUACUGAUGAUAUAUGGCUGGAUGAUCGCAUCACAGCUGCAGAGCAUGCAUACAUCAGAUUCUGUCAUAGAUGACUCCAGUGGAAUUGCUCGAUGCGAUCCUGUUGCAGAAGGGUCAGUAAAAGUCAUCAAGUCCAGGGGCAAAUGCCCAUAUCGAGUUGCGCUCUCCCUAUCUCCGAGACUUCCUGGAUGAAACACCCCGAAACGU